AUGAUGGCUCACUGCGCGGGGUGUGAGAGGCCCAUUUUGGAUCGGUUUCUCUUAAAUGUUCUCGAUCGCGCAUGGCACGCCAAGUGUGUCCAGUGCUGCGAGUGUAACUGCAACCUGACUGAAAAAUGUUUCUCCAGGGACGGAAAGCUCUAUUGCAAAAUUGACUUUUUCAGGCGUUUUGGUACGAAAUGUGCGGGCUGUUUGCAGGGCAUUUCGCCCAGCGACCUCGUGAGAAGAGCGCGCAGCAAGGUGUUCCAUCUGAACUGCUUCACGUGCAUGGUGUGCAACAAAAAGCUGUCCACGGGCGAGGAGCUCUACGUCAUAGACGAAAACAAAUUUGUGUGCAAAGAGGACUUCCUGAGCGCGAGCGCUAUCAAAGAGGUCAAUUUAAACUCAGUGUCAUCGUGUACGGACCGGAGUUUAUCACCUGAUCUCCCGGAUCCGAUUCAGGACGACACGAAGGAGACGGACAAUUCUACAUCAUCAGAUAAGGACACUAACAACAAUGAAAACGAGGAGCAGAACUCGUGCGCGAAGCGAAGGGGCCCACGCACCACCAUCAAGGCCAAACAGCUGGAGACGCUGAAAGCCGCGUUCGUGGCUACGCCGAAACCUACGCGACAUAUCCGCGAGCAACUCGCGCAGGAGACCGGCCUCAACAUGCGAGUCAUACAGGUAUGGUUUCAAAAUCGACGGUCUAAAGAGCGAAGGAUGAAGCAGCUCAGUGCCCUUGGUGCCCGAAGGCACGCUUUCUUCAGGGGACCCCGCAGAAUGAGGCCACUCGGAGGAAGGCUAGAAGACCCUGACAUCCUGGGCCCUGGAGGAUACAGUUACUAUGGAGAAUACCAGGGUGACUACUACGGACCAGUGGUCAACUAUGACUUCUUUCCUCAUGGACCCCCUUCCUCACAGGCACAGUCUCCAGCCGAGUCCCCUUACCUCUUAAGCACGGGUACAGGAGCCCUGGAGGGUGGCCCGGUCCCUGGUCACCACCCCUCAGACAACCAAAGGUUCACGGACAUGAUUUCCCACGCAGACACCCCCAGCCCUGAACCAGGCAUGACUGGACCACUCCAUCCCAAUUCACAGGGGGAGGGCGGCUACGCGGGGGGUCCUAGUCCACCCUUCCCCCUGGCCAACAACACCAGUUACAGUGGCCCCAUGUCCCAUCCUGGUCAAGAGAUGGGGGAGAACACAGUUUGGUAGGGACGGGAAUUCUGGACAUGAGCGGUGGUCUGGGAUAAGGCCAUGGACUAUGGACAAACAGGGGCUCUUCACCCUUAACGGUCUACCCAAACCUUCCUCUAUCAGAGUUAUCACCUCAGUGCUACAGGUUACUGAGGCAGGGCUUA